ACCCUCUCCAGUUUGGAGAUGGUGAUAAACUUUCGUCGUCCAGAUUUCACUUUAAUGAAAUACCGAUAACACUUGACCAAAGCUUGAAGAAGCAGAAUAUGGCAACGGUUCGAACAUUAUUGGGAUUAACCUGUCGGAGGACUCGGAUUUGGAUAUAAAGUUGUCGAUUACUUGAAGAACAGAAAUACAGGCGUCCGGUUUAGUAGGAGUAUUGAUUGGCCCUUAUUUCAUUAUCUGUAUACUAGCUACUACCUACAUCUAUUUGAAUGAAUGUAAACGAUUAUAUCAGCUUAGGCUUUUCGAGUUUUAGUCUCAUAAGAGUCAUAAGUCAUUUUGUAUUCUUGUUUUUUCUUCACUAGUAUCUACCAAAGCAGUGUCAAUAGACCUGCUAUACUAUUCUUCAUCCGUGACUUCAUCUUGACGAUAACUUCUGUACUAUUUACAUUUGUUUUAAGCUAAAUUAUAAAAAGAAGAACUCUAUUUAGAAUCGACAAGAGGGUUCCAUACCCAAAGGGUAAAAACGGGAUCCUAUUACUAAGACUCUACAGUCUGUCUGUCUGUCACCAGGCUGUAUCUCAUGAACUGUGACAGCUAGACAGUUAAAAAUUUCACAGAUGAUGUAUUUAUGUUGCCGCUAUAACAACAAAUACUAUAAAGUACGAAACCGUCGGUGGUCGAGUCCGACUCUAUUUAUCACAGUUAGUUACACAGCUACUAUUAGCUAUCACAGUUCAUGAGAUACAGCCUGGUGAUAGAAAGACAGACAGACGGACGAGUCUUAGUAACAGGUAGUGCUCUACUAAUUUAAGUCCUGUCUUUGUUUGUAAUAUGAGCUUUUCUUUAGUAGUGCACGAUAAAGAAUUUUAUUAUUAUUAUUGUAUCUCCUUGGAUUUCACGGGCCUAUAAAUCCCGGUCUUUUGAUAGGCGUGCGUGGGGAUAUAGAUCCAACACGUAGAGGCCUCUUGGAGAGCUUUAAUGUCAUGUAGAACGCCUGCUGGAACCCGUUCACAGGCGCAACAAUAGAGACUAUUGUAGUAAAGUGAACAGUAUAACGGUCUAUGGAUUGAAGUUUGGGAGGACAAUGAGACUGGGUUAUUGCAAAGACGUCCGGACACCUGCCAUAACAAUGUUUUCACUAGUUAUCGAGGCAGGCGGUGACUCGCCGCCAACUAGAUGGGCCCCUGAAAAUGCCGUCGUGAAGACGACCAGGAGCAACACCGGUGUGAGCGGCUCAGGGGUGUCGAGAGGUGUACGCCGCUUUUUACCCAGUGGCUGAUAACAGCCACUGUGCCAACUCGCGUCUUAUACAAGUUUUCACUUCCACCCCUGGAGCAUUUAGCUCUAACGACUCCUCUCUGGACGGCCAAUGAAGGCAAGCCAGAGCUGAGAGUCCUGCGGGUCCCCUUGGGGUCCACUCCGACCGACGAAGACACGCCGGAGACGGAGACCCUGACCGACUCUCGGGAGUACUCGGGUCCGUGGGGUCGUUACUCCCCAACAGCUCGCCACAAGCUGCCCUGCGGUUUUAUAUUAUUAUUAUUAUUAUCGGGGGGUGAGAGGUGCAGGGGCCAUGUAGUGCAGGGUUCCACAGGAGCCAGUCCCAGUCAUUUUAAUAUAAAAUUUGGAGUAUUGCUCCCAGGCGUAUCUGCUUGUUAAAUAUCUAUGACAGACAGUUGGUUGUAAAUUGAUAUUUAAUCUCCACUUAUCAAGGUGCACAACACAUGUUUAUUUCCAGUUGAAAGUGGGAGUACCAAAUGUCCACAUUUCACCAACAACUAUGAAUCUGUGCGCAUUCAUAACAGUCUCUACCUUAAGUCUGUGCUUUUGCGAAGAAUGUCGUUUAAACACCCGACCACCAGAAAUAGAAACAGAAAUAAACUUAAAGAAAAAGCUUACUAAAUGCUACGCCAAAACUUUGAAGCCUCCAGUAAAUAAAGACUCAAACCCGGUGGUCGUGAAGGUGGAUUAUCUACUUCAGUCCUUCAAGUUUGAUCCUAACGAAGAGAUACUGACGUUAUACAGCUGGAACUAUUUUGUAUGGCGAAAUGAUAGAUUGACAUGGAAGCCUGAGGAUUACAACAAUAUAAUGUCGACGCAAGUCUCAAGUUUUGACAUUUGGAGUCCGGGGCUGAAGCUGAUCAACAAGGCGGAUGCGGAUGAUUUUGACUUCGUCUACUCGAAAUGCAGAUUGAAUAGCACAGGCCACGUUAGGUGCGUUGUACGGACAGAAUACAAAGUUAUCUGCACUUCUGACUUAACCAAUUGGCCUUAUGACACGAAGAGUUGCACGCUCCAGUUUGAACAGUGGAGACCACAGGAAACCAAAGUGUUCUUCAGUUUGAGUCAUAUUGACUUUGCCAUGCAGGCGUAUCAAAAUGCUGGAUGGAAGAUCGUUCGUGCAAACUUCUUCAAGAAUUUAACCACUGGAAUACAGUCUGUCGUUAAAUUUCAUUUUAAAAGACUCGCAGAGGGCCUAGAAGCUAUUGUAGUGGUUCCAGCUUUUGUGAUAAGUGUGCUGACAGUGACGGCUCUCCUGUUGGACUAUAGAAACAUCAAUCGAUUAGGAAUACUGUGCAUGACUUUGAUCGGUCAUUUCAUGUUCUCUAACGAAGUAUCAGAUAACCUCCCUAAACAUAGUGCAACUACUCCUGUCAUAUUGUCGUUCAUUAGCUGUUCUACUGUUGUAACUGUCAUUUGCUUUGUAUUAUCGGUUUGCUUUAGAUAUUUCGGAUCGAAGAAAACUCAACCCCCGACGUGGAUUACUUCUGGUAAUGAUUUUGUCUUGGGCGGGUAUGGCAAAUAUGGAGUAUUUACAAAAUGGGAGGUGACUGAACAAGAUCCGGAAAUUAAACCGAAUGUAGAAUGGGUUAACUUUAUUAGUAUUGCUAAUAGCGUCUAUCUGCUUGUAGUGGUAGUUACUUAUAUAUACCUGCUGUCGGCUUAUAUGCCAAAGAAGCCACAUUUCACAUUCGUUUUCGAUACUUAAGGCUAGUAGUCACUGCUUUGUUCCAUGUUAUUUAAUAAAAUUGAUUAAAGUACCUUAUAUAAUGUAAAUAUUUAAAUAACUUUGGAUUGUUAUUUUGAGAUUUUAGAUCUCCGUACCCAAAGGGUAAAACGGGACCCUAUUACUAAGACUCCGCUGUCCGUCCGUCCGUCUGUCACCAGGCUGUAUCUCAUGAACCGUGAUAGUUAGACAGUUGAAAUUUUCACAGAUGAUGUAUUACUUUUGCCGCUAUAACAACAAAUACUAAAAAACAGAAUAAAAUAAAUAUUUAAGGGGCCUCCCAUACAACAAACGUAAUUUUUUUGCCGUUUUUAUAGAUGGUACGGAACCCUUCGUGCGCGAGUCCGACUCGCCCUUGUCCGAUUUUUUACUUAUGUAGGAACAACUUAUAAUUUAUAUUUCUUAUUAUGUAACAUUAUCUCUCAUAAAUUCUUGGAUGGAGUAAUAUAUAUGCUCCCUCUAUUGAGAAAGAUUGUAGUUUUGAUAUGAAAAGAUAAAAAAAUUCUAUAUUUCUUAUUAUGUUGGGCAAUUUGUUGUAAAUCUGUAUUGCUCUGAAAUACGUGCCUUUUUUGUACAUUUCUAAGAUUGGUUCCGGCGGGAUGAGUUUAUUAUUUCGGCGUGCGCUUUUACAGUAGUGCGGUAUAUUUUUUUUCAAAAAUUUAGAUUACUAAUAUGUAGAGACAGGGUAGAGUCAAGAUUUGAAGGCUUAUGAAAUAUGGUUUGCAGCUGUCUGUUUGUUAAUAUACGGAAACAUUAUUUCUGAGCUUUAAGUAGAUCGUGUGUAUCAGUGCUAUGGCCCCAUAAAAUAAUGCCGUAGCGUAACCAGGCCUGAGCGUAGGAAUGAUAUGUAGAAAAGGCGCACUUAAGCAUUAGUGUAAGUAUGAUUUGUUAAAAAGUUUAUAAUGAGCGCCUAUACCUCAAUAAACUGUAUUAAUUUAAUUUUAUUACUGUCUAGGAUGAAAAUGUACACUAGAUUAAAUAAUUACAUUCUAUUAAAUGAUGUUAAAUAAAGAACUCAUUAAAAAAUCUCAGUAUUGG